AUGGAGAGAAGGUGGCAUUUCUCUGGACCCCAGGCCCGGAACCCCAGUGGCCAGCCGAGGGACCCAGGUGUCUGGCCAGAUGGGCUGCAGCGGGAAGCCCAUGCACUCUUGCAUGGGGUCUUUGGUUCCCUUGAGGGCGUGGGAGCCAGCACUGCCCCCCCCGUGUGGUCCUGCUGGCUGCACGCCGCUGCCACAGGAGGAAGCCCUGCUGUCCAGCUGGCAGCCAAGGCACCCCGGGACCGUGGCCGGACGGGGCGGUGGAGUGAGGCCAGUGCGGCCGCGCUGACGGGCAGCGAGCCUCUGACCAUCCUCCCGCUGAGCCCUGAGCCCGAGGUGGCAGCCCAGGCUCACUUCAAGGCCUGCGACCGGCUGAAGCUGGAGCGGAAGCAGCGGCGCAUGUGCCGCCGGGACCCAGGCGUGGCCGAGACGCUGCUGGAGGCCGUCAGCAUGAGUGCGCUCGAGUGCCAGUUCCAGUUCCGCUUCGAGCGCUGGAACUGCUCGCUGGACGGCCGCUACCGUGCUAGCCUGCUCAAGCGCGGCUUCAAGGAGACCGCCUUCCUCUAUGCCAUCUCCUCCGCCGGCCUGACGCACGCACUGGCCAAGGCGUGCAGCGCAGGGCGCAUGGAGCGCUGCACGUGCGAUGAGGCACCGGACCUGGAGAACCGCGAGGCUUGGCAGUGGGGCGGCUGCGGCGACAACCUCAAGUACAGCAGCAAGUUUGUCAAGGAGUUCCUGGGAAGGCGGUCCAGCAAGGACCUGCGGGCCCGGGUAGACUUCCACAACAACCUCGUGGGCGUGAAGGUGAUCAAGGCUGGCGUGGAAACCACCUGCAAGUGCCACGGCGUGUCAGGCUCAUGCACAGUGCGGACAUGCUGGCGGCAACUGGCACCCUUCCACGAGGCAGGCCGGCACCUGAAGCUCAAGUAUGAGACGGCGCUCAAGGUGGGCAGUACCACCAACGAGGCCACCGGUGAGACAGGUGCCAUCUCACCACCGCGGGGCCGGGCCUCAGGAGCUGGCGGGGACCCCCUGCCCCGCACCCCAGAGCUUGUGCACCUGGAUGACUCACCCAGCUUCUGUCUGGCCGGCCGCUUCUCCCCAGGCACUGCCGGCCGCAGGUGCCACCGCGAGAAGAACUGUGAGAGCAUCUGCUGCGGCCGUGGCCACAACACACAGAGCCGGGUGGUGACGAGGCCCUGCCAGUGCCAGGUGCGCUGGUGCUGCUACGUGGAGUGCAGGCAAUGCACGCAGCGUGAGGAGGUCUACACCUGCAAGGGCUGAGUCCCUAGGCCUGGCCAGCCCUGUUGUGCAGGGAGCAGGCAUUGCACACAGUGU